UAGGCCUUCCUGACUCCAGGUCAGGAGCACCACCCAGCAGAACUAAUGCUAUUGCAACAAGAACGAAUCAUGAAUAAAACUGAGUGUAUUGAAGAACAGCACCAUGUAGAUCACUAUUUGUUCCCCAUCAUUUAUAUCUUUGUAAUGGUCGUCAGCAUUCCUGCCAAUGUGGGGUCUCUGUGUGUCUCAUGUGUGCAAGUGAAGAAGAAAAAUGAAUUAGGAGUUUACCUCUUUGGUCUAUCGCUCUCUGAUCUCCUUUACUCAUCAACAUUACCCCUUUGGAUACAUUACACUUGGAAUGAAGACGACUGGAAAUUCUCUGCCACCCUGUGCAAAGUGAGUGCUUUCCUGAUGUAUGUGAAUUUCUACAGUAGCACUGCCUUCCUCUCUUGCAUCUCUCUCGAUAGAUUCUUGGCGGUGGUCUAUCCUUUGAAAUUUCCCUAUCUAAGAACAAGAAGGAUCGCCUUUUCCAUCAGCCUAUCCAUCUGGAUCAUAGAAAUAUUGUUCAAUGCCAUCAUUAUCUGGAAAGAUGAAAUAUCUGUUGAACGCUGUGGCACCAACAAGUCUUAUCAUUUGUGUUUUGACAAAUACCCCCUGGAAAAAUGGCAAGUUAACUUCAAUAUCUUUCGGACAUGCACCGGUUAUGUGAUCCCCUUGGUUAUAAUUGUAUUUUGCAACCAAAAAGUCUAUCAAGCAGUAAAGCAUAAUCAAGCCACAGAGAACCGUGAAAAGAAGAGGAUCAUCAAGUUGCUUUUAAGUAUCACGCUCACGUUUUUCUUGUGCUUUACCCCUUUCCAUACUAUGUUGCUGAUUCUAAGUAUUGGAACACCCAGCACAAACAUCGGCAAGCAGAUAUUUAAACUUUAUAGAAUCACUGUUGCCCUCACGAGUUUAAAUUGUGUGGCAGAUCCAAUUUUGUACUGUUUUGUAAGUGAGACAGGAAGAUCAGAUAUAUGGGACAUGUUCAAAUUCUGUCAUCUGACAAGUAAGUCUCAAAGAAAAAUGACGGUCUCUGUGUCUACAAAAUACAGUGUGGAGUUAGACAUAGCAGAAUAAAGCAGAAUGUUU